UCUGUCCCUCCCAUAUCCUCUGCAGACUCGCAGGCAUCUGGAGCGCAGACACUGCUUCCUACUUUAUGGGCACUCGCAUGACGAUCGCUCAGAUUGUGCACUGCCUUUUGGUGAAUUUUGUCAAUGAUCUGGCAGCUUUUAUUACUGACAGCUACAGCAGCCCCCGUGUGCUGCACUGACAGCCCCCCCAGAGUGAGUAGAAGGCUGAGCAGGGUAUGGGGUCCUGGGCUCCGUGGGGAGCUGGUGCUUCCUGCUCGCUACUUUUACAUCCAGGCUGUGGACACACAAGGGGACAAUUUCACUUUGUCUCCAACAAAGGAUGUUUUUCAAAUCCAUAUAACUGCUCCUGGGCAGCAGUAUAGCAGAGUGGGAGUGCAAUUACUUGACCGAAAAGAUGGCUCCUUCCUGGUACGGUACAGAAUGUAUGCCAGCUACAAAAGCCUACAAAUCGAGGUUACACUCGGCAGCAAACACGUUGCAGACUCUCCUUAUUUCUUAGAAGGUCCAGUAUAUAGUGAAGAAUGCUAUUGCCCUGAACCAGACAGCAACCUCUGGUUAAAACUUAUGGCUUGUAAUGAAUCCAUCCCACAAAUUGAACAUGAUCUCCGACAUUUUCCCACUGUGGAUACUGACAAGAUUGCUGCAGAAAUCCCUGAAAGGUUUGGUCAUCGACAGAGUUUAUGUCAUUACACGAUUAAAGAUAACAAAGUCUAUAUAAAGACGUACGGAGAACAUGUGGGAUUCAGGAUAUUCAUGGAUUCUUUUCUUCUGUCAUUAACAAAGAAAGUGAAAGUUCCAGAUGUGGAAUUUUUUGUCAAUUUAGGGGACUGGCCUCUGGAGAAGAGGAAGAUCCAGCCUUUUCACCCCAUCUUUUCUUGGUGUGGAUCCACAGAAACAAAGGACAUUGUAAUGCCCACUUAUGACCUGACAGAUUCUAUACUGGAAACUAUGGGGCGGGUGAGCCUAGACAUGACAUCUGUCCAGGGGAACACUGGCCCUAUAUGGGAAGAGAAAAACAAUACAGCUUUUUGGAGAGGACGAGACAGUUGUAAAGAGAGGCUGGAGCUGGUGAAGAUGAGCAGAAAGCAUCCUGACCUGAUAGAUGCAGCUUUUACGCACUUCUUUUUCUUCAAACACGACGAAAGCUUAUAUGGCCCUAUUGUACAGCCCAUAUCUUUUUUUGACUUCUUUAAGUACAAAUAUCAAGUCCUUAUUGAUGGAACUGUGGCAGCUUACAGAAUGCCAUACCUCCUUGCUGGCAGCAGUGUGAUACUUAAGCAGGAUUCCAUAUACUAUGAACACUUCUACAGUAAGCUUCAACCCUGGAAACAUUAUGUUCCUUUUAAGAAAGACCUUAGUGAUUUACUUGAGAAGAUCCAGUGGGUCAAAGAUCAUGAUACUGAGGCCAACAAAAUUGCACAAGCAGGGCAGGAAUUUGCAAGGAAUAAUCUAAUGGGAGAACAUGUUUUCUGCUACUAUUUUAAACUUUUUCAGGCUUAUGCAAAGCUGCAGGUGAGCGAACCAAAAAUAAGAGAAGGAAUGGAAAUUGUUGAACACCCUUCAGAUAACCUUUUCCCAUGCCAAUGCCACAGAAAUUUGGUGAAGGAUGAGCUUUGACCUUAAUAUUGGUCUUGUGAUUUUACAGAAUUGGACUUCCAUUAUUACACAGUAUGAUAUGGAUUAUCUGAAAUAUUUAAUAAGAUAAAGUUAUUGCUACCUUUUAAUGCUUGCAUUUUAACAUUAAAAGAAGUGUCAAAUUGGAAAAAACAAGCUAUAAUAAAUGUUAGUUUUUUUCUAUACCGUCUUUUGAACUGUAAUUUCUUACUUGAUGAUUUAUUUCUU